AUGGACAAUGAAGGGGUGACAUGCUCGGGUCAUUGUGCAGUACAGCUAAUGAAUGAUCUGAUUGCAAGCACUGGAAAGAACGAAACACUAAAUUUGCUUGAACUUAAUUUUAAUAAUUUUUUAUUUUCAAUGUCAAAUGCAACUCUUCUUCGGCAUUUCUGCCAGGAAUUUCAUAAAUUUGAAUAUUGCUGUUCAACGUGUACACUAAGUUAUUCUCGUGAAAUUAUGAUGGGAUGUUCAGAAAUAAUUAAUCAUAUUUGUGUUCACAAUUUCAAUGAUAUUAAAGAACAUUUUGGAUGUCUUGCUCGGCUUGACCCACAGAUUAGGCAAAUUUGCAUGAAAACCUGCACAUCUCAUCAGAAUGCUUUACAUUCUAUUAUACGCAACUUUCGACACUUUAUUUUAAAUAGUGAUGUGAGUAUGCUAGAAAAUUACCUGAACGAAUCAUGCGAAUAUGUUGUCUGCUCGCUACAUUGUGAUAUUCCACUAAUUGUGCAUAAAUGUGGAUAUGAAAUUGCUCAAAAAGUAAUUACAUUAACAAGCCGAUCUCAAAUUUAUAAAUUUAAUAUUUACAAAACGUUUUGUUUAAAUUUUUUUUUUUGCUUAAACUUAAGUAUAUUUGAUUUAAUUCAUUUUAUUUGGUAA